AUGGGCGAGGAAGGGAAGGUCAGCAUACCGGACCAUCAGGUUGGGGUUGUGUGGCCUGCUGGCAGGUCGGAUGGGUUGAUCAUCAGUCUAGGCCUCUCGGGUGAUCUGAAUUACCUCCAAGAAGGAAACCCAGGAACCUUGCGGACAGUUCAGGGACACCAGAAGAACAUCACAGCUAUCACAACCGACAGGGAACACAGCUCGGACCCGACUUUCUUCACUGGCAGUAGCGACGGCCGCAUCUGUGCUUAUGAUGGGACGGGAGAGGGCGAGACUAUCGAUGGCGAUGCCCACAAGAACUAUGUCUCUGACCUCGCUACUUCCAACGCUGGUCGUAUCUACAGCGUAGGCUGGGACGAUACCCUCCGCUCCAUCGAUGUAUCUGCAAGGACCUUCACCGGCACCUCAACUAAAACAGACGGUCAACCGCGCGGCGUUGCCUUGACAUCCUCUAGUACGGCAAUAGCGACACACAAAGGCAUUUUCCUCCUCUCCCAGAAGGACAACUCAGUCAUAAAACACGUACCAACAAAGUACGCCCCUACGGUCCUCGCAGCAGGCAAAAGCCACAUCGCCGUAGGUGGUGACGAUUCUCAACAGCACAUGUACGACCUAGACCUCAACCACGUCAAAUCGAUACCGCACCCCUCGCAAGUCACAGCCUUGGCCUUCUCCCCAGCCUCAAACCAGUAUUUGGCCGUCGGCUUCUCCUCCGGCAAAAUCAUCGUCUACGAACCCAACAACCCGGAACCGGUCACCACGAGAUGGUCCGCGCACACGGGGAGAGUAAUGAGUAUCGACUGGGAUGAGAAAGGCGAGAGAGCAGUCAGUGGAGGGCUGGACACCGAUAUCUUCGUGUGGAGCGUGAAGAAGCCGGGCCAGCGCAUUAGCGUAUCGCAGGCUCACAAGGAAGGCGUCAAUGGCGUCAGAUGGGCUGGCGAGAACGAAGUUGUGAGCGUUGGCGGGGAUGCUGCUGUUAAGAAAUGGAAGGUGGAAGGAGCUGUUUGA